GCGGUCACCUGACUGGGUGACGUCACGCAGGUGUCAAACCCGGCUUCUUGAAAAGGGCAUGGCAGUUUAAGCUGCGACGAGGAGAAGCGACGGAGCCGCACCCGCGGACGUUACCUGUGGAUUGUUUUUAACCUCCACCUGCAGUCAUGACACGAUGGUUUCAGCUGUUUCUCCUUUUGUGUUGCGGACAGACUUGCCUGUCGCAGAAAGAGGACAGAGGCUUCACUGGAACAGAGACCGAUGAUGGGGUGUGGGUCACCCCCCAAGCCAAAGAAGUCCUGAGCAGUCGUCUUACAACCGUCUUCCUCCCAAUCAUCUACAUCUUCGUGUUUGUUGUGGGGCUGCCCACCAACACCAUGGCAAUCUGGGUAUUCCUCUUCAGGACCAAGAAAAAGCACCCGUCAUCGAUCUACAUGGCCAACUUGGCUCUGGCUGACCUGCUCUUUGUCAUCUGGGUCCCCUUAAAAAUAGCGUACCACUUCAACGGCAACAACUGGAUCUACGGAGAGGGCCUGUGCAAAGUGCUGGUGGCAUUUUUCUACGGCAACAUGUACUGCUCCAUCUCCUUCAUCGCCUGUAUAAGUGUUCAGCGUUACUGGGCUGUGGUCCACCCACUCGACCAGCAGAGGGACAACCGUGUAGCUGUAGCUGUUGCCGUCUCCGUCGCAGUCUGGGUGGUGGUCUGGCUUCUCACGAUCCCUCUCUACCUGUACGAUCAAGAGGUCUAUGUUACAAACCUCGACAUCCUCACCUGCCACGACGUCACCAGGCCCAGUCAGAGGAAAAUAGCAGCUGGCUACUUCUUGACGAUGGGAACUGUGGGAUUUGUGGCUCCCACCGUCGUGUGCAUCGUAUCCUACGUCCUCAUGCUCAAGGCUCUCAGGAACAGCAUGGCGGAUCCAGCCAUCGCCAAGAAGCGACGAAAGGCUGUGGUCUUGAUCAUCACCGUGUUGGUUAUGUUUUUAGUGUGCUUCACCCCCAGUAAUGUCAUGUUGCUGGUGCACUACAUCCUCCUUUUGGGUGAGGUUCACAACAGCUUGUAUGGAUUUUACAUCAUCACCCUGUGCUUGGCGAGUCUCAACAGCUCUUUCGACCCUUUUGUCUACUAUUUCAUCUCUGAGGACUUUAGGGAGCAUGUGAAGAACACGUUCCUCUGCAGGAGUGAGAGGACAGUGGAGAGGAUGAGGGUCUCCUUCAGUGCUCUGAAGUACUCCAAGAAGAGCAACACAUAUACAUCAGACCCAGGGAACACUCAGAGCACUGACUUGUGUGAGGAAAGUUAGGAGAGUCAUCUGUGGCAAAGACCACCUAGAAGCUUUGAGUUAAGUUAAGUUGCUGCUUUUUUAUUUUUGUAAAAAAAAAAAAAAAAAAAAAAAAAAAAAAAAAGGGUAUCUUUGAUAAUACAACUUUAAUUUAAUGCGCUUUGUUUGAUGCAGUCUUCUGGAGUUUUAUUUGAUUUCAUUUGAAUAUGAAUGAUGAAUGGUAAUGUUUAAUGUGUCUGAUAUUUUAGCCCACGCUGUCAUCUUGAGAUGAAUUCUUAUUUAGCUUUUUGACGUGCCAGACGGCUUUGAGACCCAGACCUAAGAUGGGCAACAAAUAGGCAGGUUGUAUGAUACAUGAUACAAGCUUUACGUAUGUAUAUAUCGUGUAUAUAUGUGUUUUGGAAGUAAUAAUUUUUACUUGUAUAACUACAUUUUAAAGUUUGUCAAUAAAAGUAAAUGUCCGACUAACUGUAUUUUUCUCCCGACACACUAUCUGCAGGUCUUGCAAAGUCUCAAAAAGCAUUGAACUAAAUUCCCUAAAACAGGUCUUGGAUGGUAUACACCUAUAAACUAAAAGUGGGAUUGUUGUGACAGUGGAUUCUGCUGUUCAGUCCUUUUUUUUUUUUGUGGAGUUUCAGUCAGCACCGUCAGACCUACUGCUAGCUACAGUAGGAAGCUCAUCCUCUCAUAAUGGGCAAGUGUUGACUUUGGCAAAGACUUAAAUGAACUUAAAGAAUGAAUCAUUUUUAAUUGGUUAAUCCAUCCAUCCAUUUUAUGCCGCUUAUCUGCAUCCAGGUUGAAUCAAUUUAAUUUAUUAACUCAUUAGGAAUUAUUGUUAUAUACUGCUGGGAAGUACUGAAGAAAUGUGAUAUAAUAAAUCAUUCCCUACUGGUUUUCCAUCAUACUUUGAGAAACAGGUUUUAAAUUGGAUUCUAUGCGAUAAUAAAAUACUUUUUACUAUCAUAA